AUGAGUAAACUUGGGGUAAGCACUUCUACACAUGAAGAUGCAGAUGAGCUAAGAAAAGGCCCAUGGUCUAAUGAAGAAGAUAAUCUACUUAUUCAAUACAUAACUUUACAUGGCGAAGGCCACUGGAAUACCUUAGCCAAAUGUGCAGGGCUUAAGAGAACCGGGAAAAGCUGCAGGUUGAGGUGGUUGAAUUAUUUGAAGCCUGAUAUUAAGCGUGGCAACCUUACCCCACAAGAACAGCUCUUGAUCCUUGAACUCCAUUGCAAGUGGGGAAACAGGUGGUCGAAGAUUGCACAGCAUUUACCUGGAAGAACCGAUAAUGAAAUCAAGAACUAUUGGAGAACUAGAGUGCAAAAACAAGCCCGGCAGCUUACGGUUGAUGUGAAUAGCAAGAGAUUUCUUGACGCAGUUCGAGGGGUUUGGGUACCAAGAUUGCUUGAACAAAUGGAACAAAAUUCAUCAGAAACAUCAUCUCCCUCUUCCUCCAUUUCAAACUUGGAAACUCAAAAGCCCACAAUCACUACACCAUGUCCUAAAUCCAGGUCUCAGGUGAAUUAUUCUGAUAAGCACAAGGAAAAUUUACAGCUGCCCGCAGAGAAUUCAGAAAAUUUGAACCAAGCUUGUGGCAACAUUAAUACUGCUUAUGAUUAUUCAUUUCAAGAUGAUGGUUACCAUGUGGACGUUAGCAGUUAUGGCAUUACUGAAAUGGAGUCCCAGCAGGAGGAUUUUCUGGCAGAGAUAGACUGGUUUGAUGAAAAAAUAGCAGGCAAUACAUUUUGGAAUGCUGAUGAAUUCUGGGAUUUUAGAAAACCUUAA